CCUGUAACUUAGGCUGCUCUACACAGUUUUACUCAAAAAAGACAAGAAUGCUUGAUGCAGACAGAAGGGAUAUGCAAGAGAAGCAACUUUUGAACCACACGGCUGACAAGGAACAACAACCAUUGCCUGGAGGAAGCAACCGUGCUGGAAACCUGUCUCAACCUCAGAAGAAACUCCAAGAGGCUAUUUGUGUGCUGCUGGUGGAACUGUGUGAAAGAUUCACAUUCUUUGGCAUUGUCUGCAACAUGAUCCUCUUCUGCACUGUUAAACUUGGCUAUCGCAACUACCAGGCAGCUAUUGUCAAUAUGUGCUUUGUAGGCACCUCCAUGUUGACGCCAGUCCUGGUUGGGUGGCUUGCCGAGUGCCUUGUCGGGAGGAUCAAACUUGUGUGCAUCUGCAUGUUUCUACACUUCCUAGGCACAGCACUAUUACCUGUUGUGGCAUUCCCCUUUGAAGAUGUUUAUAUUGACAGAAGACAUAUUCUUCAUACACUGACCAAAAGGGAGCAAAAAAUAGUAUUCUACUUUGCACUACUCAUCGCUAGUCUGGGAAUAGGAGGCAUAAGGGCUAUAGUUUGUCCAUUAAGUGCAUACAGCCUUGAGGACUGUGGACCAAAGGAACUUCUUUCUUUUUUCAACUGGUUUUAUUGGCUGGUUAAUUUAAAUUCAGCAGUUGUCUUUGUCAGCAUUUCUUAUAUCCAGCAGUCUGUGGCCAGAAACCUUGGUUUUCUUAUCCCAUUUGUGUCCAUGCUUAUGGCUAUAAUCACAAUUCACAUGGUGCGGGGUGAAAUGAUUUACAAACCCAAAACAGACAGUUCCCUGAUGACAACUUUUGGGGUAAUUGUUAGUGCACUGAAAAUGUCCUACGUGCGAUACCGCUACUUUAGUGGAGGCGUGACAAACUGGCUAGAUCAUGCCAAGGAAAACUAUGGUGGUCAGUACAGUGAGACUCAGGUGGAAAGCACAAAGUCACUCGCCAGGCUCUUCCCAUUGUUUACUUUCCAAAUUCUAUAUAGAAUGUGUAUAAUGCAGAUUCCCUCAGGAUAUUAUCUCCAAACCAUGAAUUCUAACUUACACUUCAGUGGAUUUGUCUUGCCAGUUGCAGCAAUGAAUGUGAUAAGCAUCGUGCCACUACUGAUUCUUGUUCCUAUUUUGGAAUGCAUUAAUUCAAAUCUCUUUAGUUCCAAGGACACUGGACAUUCUCCAACAAUUUACAUUGUUGUAGGUCAGUUUUCUGCUGUACUUUCCGUGAUGGUUGCUGGCUUCUCUGAAAUACACCGAAAGCAUUUCCCUCAGGUGGAGCAAACACUUUCUGAGGAGGUUCUUCUGGUCUCCUCCAUGCCUUGCUUCCACUUGGCGCCUCAGUACAUCCUCCUUGGAGUUGCUGAAGCCUUGGUAACUCCCUCCUGUUCUUUACUUUCAUUCUGGCUUGUGCCAGAAAGAAUGAGAGGGAUUUCCAUGCAUUUUUUAACUCUCUUUAAUGGAGCUGGCUGCUUUAUGGGAGCUUUCUUUGUUCAGACAGCCCACGCAGGCUCUCAAGGCAACUGGUUUCCACACUUGCUGCAUGAAGGUAAAUUGGAGAGAUUCUUCUUCUUCUUGGCUUCUCUAAUGAUGGUGAACACCCUGGGUUUCUGGACCAUCGCACACAGAUACAACAAUCUGAAUCAGAAAUACACCAGUGAAUUCAGAGCAAGUCUUCCUGAAGAAAAACUUUUGAAGGGUGGAAAAGGCAUCAAGCAUUAUGGUAGUGUCCUGGAAAGAUCUCCCAUUUUGCCUCCUAUGGAGAAAACCUUAUAAAAUUUCACCCUUGUUUGACUAAAUUUUGAUUAUGCUCUCAAGCAGCUUUCUAAUGGUAAAUUACCUAGCGUACUUAAAGUGGUACUGGCAAUGUAUUUAUUAAUUAUCUUAGGAAAAUAAUGUUAUUUUUAAGUUUACAAAAUAACAGUCAUCGUGGGAUUUGGCUUUGUAGAAUGCUUGCACAGUUAUAAUGCACAUUGAGGGCAAAGAGAGCUCACUGCUUGGCAUGGUUGAUGGAUAGAGGCUUUUAAUAUCUCUAGGGAAAUAGACAGGUAUCCACAUGUAUUUGUACUUAGUAAUGCUUCAGAAUUAACUCAGAUACACAUUAAUUUAGUAAAUUACUUUGUGACAGUGUAACUUAAAAAUAUUUUUGGAGUCUGGUAUUGCUUGGUUGAUAUUUUAAAAGAUUUUUGUGAUAUUCUAGUCUUUUCUACUUAUCCGCUACACAGCCUCCAGCAAGUUGCUUCUUUACUUUAGUUUCCCUGUCAGUAAAAUGGAUGGAGCUGUACUAACCUUCUUUGCAAAACUGCUUUGAGAUCUAC